UUUUGACGGCGCAACAUUUGAACUUAAUAUUGCGAUAAAUUUUAUAAGUGAAGAUAUAAUCUAAAAACAAUGAGUGUAAUCAUUUAAACGUGGUGAAUAAAUCUUGUUUACUAAUUAAAAUUUUAGACUGAUAAUUUUUUUUAUACUACUGAUAGCUUAGCCACCCUUUGCAAUGAGCCAUAUCAACUUGGACAAGCCCCGCUAUGAUCAAAGCACGUAUAUGGGUCGUGCGAAGCACUUUCUCCUCUUGACUAACCCUAUGAACGCUUUCGCCAGCAACUCGGAUUUGGAGGAGGCGAAGCGUAUCGUCACCGAAUUCAGAAAAUCACGUAGCAUGCCACCCGGCUAUGACGAAAAUAAGCUAUGGGCAACUAAGUAUUUAUACGACAGUGCCUUCCAUCCGGAUACAGGGGAGAAGAUGUUCGUCCUCGGUCGCAUGGCCGCUCAGGCACCGAUGAACACAAUCAUCACUGGCUGCAUGAUAACAUUCUACAAGACCACCGCAGCCACGGCUUUCUGGCAAUGGGUGAACCAAACGUUCAACGCUGUCGUCAACUACACAAAUAGAUCAGGAGACGCACCGCUACCUACCUCACAAUUGGUGGCGUCGUACUGCGCGGCUUGCGGAGGCGCGCUGUCAACCGCUCUCUACCUCAACAGCAAAGUUAAGAACAUGAGCCCUAUUUACGCUCGCUUGGUACCGUUUGCGGCGGUCUGCGGCGCCAACUUCAUCAAUAUACCCAUGAUGAGAAGCGGGGAGCUAAUAAACGGUACGCCAGUUUUCACGGCCGACGGAACGAAGUUGGGAAACUCGAAGAGAGCCGCCAAAUAUGGUAUUGGAUUGGUUUGCUUCUCGCGUAUACUCAUGGCGUUGCCUGGAAUGACGGUGACGCCGAUCAUCACGAGUAUCGCGGCGCGACGCGGCCUGUUCGACCGGCGGCCGGCCAUGGUGGUGCCGUUCCAGCUGUUCCUGGUGGGGCUGUGCGUGACGUUCGCCACGCCGCUGUGCUGCGCCAUCUUCGACCAGCGCGCCUCCAUCGCCGUCGACAGCCUCGACCCGGAGCUCAGGGAUUCCGUAAAGAAGAAUUACCCGAAGAUACAAGAAGUCUACUUCAACAAGGGUCUAUAAUUUUAUGCCAGGAAUUAAUUAGUACAAAAUAAACAUUAAUAAAAGUUAAUGGCAAUUUAUAAAAGCAGUCAAUACGUAAUUAAGUCUUAGCUGAGUUUAAUUUAUUAAAAAAAAUGCAUUUAUUGAUAUGGCAACAAAACAUUCCUAAAUGUGAUUUGUUCUAAUAGAUCUGAAUAUUAUUUGAAAUACAAUAUAUUUUUUAGAGUAUUUAUUUUAUUAUUGUUAUAUAAUUUUAUAUGUUGAGUUUUGGUUGUAUCGUUUUAAAAUAGAAAUUAUGAUAAUACAUUUAUGUAAUUUAUAUCAAAUGGCUCAAAUGUUUAAUGUAGCGAUAACUAUGAUGUAUUCCAAUUAUUUAUUUGCCAAUUGUGACGUCAAUUAAUCUAAGAGAAAGCGACAAUAAGCAGCUGUUCCAUAUGUUUGAAAUAUAAAAUUUAUCUGUUAUUAAAUAUA